GAGAGCUUUGCCUGGGCUGCGGGGCAUGGCUACUGCAGCUUCCUGGCCUGCACGGCCGCACGCAUUGAGCGCACCUCUGAGCCCAAAGUAUUGGCGGAGUUGCUCAACGGCCCGCGAGAGAGCGGAAAAGCUCGCGAGCCGCCUCUGUGGCGGGCGGCAAAACGCCACCAGACAGGGGCAGUGGCACUACUGCUGGAGAUGCGGGCAGAGACCGAGCGAAGUGGUCGAGGCACCACGCCUCUCUUCUGGGCCGCACGCCAUGGCGAUGUGGCGUCCGUGUCACGCUUGCUGGAGCGCCAUGCCUCGCCACUAGCGCACGCCGCUCACACGAAGCCAGACAUGCAGCGGACGGAUGCGCAGAGACAACCUGGCGGUGAAUGCCCGCUCAGUGCGGUGCUCCUGGCCCCGAUGGCCGAGGUGUCUGGUGGCCGUCUCCAAGCAAUGCAGCUCAUGGCUGAGGCCUUGACGGCUCCCCAACGUGCCGAGGUGCUCCUGGAUGCUGGCUGCGGCGUGGCCGCGGCAGCUGCAUCACAGGUGGCCCCUGGGCCUGGGAUGACCGAGGCACCGGCACCAACCGAGUUGGAGACGCCGCUGCUGGCAGCGCUGAACCGCGGCUGCCUGGACGUGGCAGAGCUGCUCUUUGCAAAGGACAAGACGGCUUCCAUCAAUGCCACACUGCCUUCUGGGAAGUCAGCCCUUCACCUCGCUGCAGAACGAGGUGACGCUCGGCUCAUCGUUUCGCUUCUUCGUGCCCGCGCGCAGCUCGAUGCGGCGACAUCCUCGGGCCGUACGGCCUUGCACCUGGCCGUCGAACAUGGGCACGAGCUAGCUGUCCAGGUCCUUUGCAGCCACGAGGCCACGCAUUUGCACCAUCUCCUUCAGCCAACGCCAAAUGGAGCUACCCCGGUUUGCCUGGCGGAGCGGCGGGGCAAGCCGGCUCUUAUCCUUCCCAUGCUUCGCUGCUAUCACCGGCCCAUUGGCAGAGUUGGGAGGAAUAUUUGCUACUUGGUGUUUCGGCGUGAGGGUUUGCGGUUUAUUGGGGCUCAUGCUGGGGCCUUGGGGUUGGAGUUUAAGGGUUUGGUGCCGGAAAAGUUUGAAACCACUUCCCGGCAAUCCCUACAUGACAGGCCUGUUUUGAUUGUUCAGGUUUUCAUGUUGAUCAUGAGAACUGCAGUAGGAAUAGGGCUAUCAUUAAAAAACAGGAAAGACAUGACAUAA